AUGGCGGAAGUGAGGAGGGCGGGAGCUGGAGGGGCGGAGGCCGGCCUCGGUGUGACAGCUCCGGGCCCGGUGCUGCACCGGAGAGGGGCUAAAAAACGGAGAGGUCUCACUCCUUCUCCCGGGGAGAAACCCGUGUUUACCUCCGGGGACGUUUGGCUACGUCAUGACGUGUUUUACGUCAUCACGUCAGCGCCAUCUUGUCAGAAAUGCCCUCCUGUCAACACAGUUCCACAGAGGCGUUUCAUUUUUAUUAGGCUAACACUCUGCGCAGUUAGCCUGGAAGCUAGCAGAAGAAGGCCCGAGUCCAGCACCGCCAACGGCCGCCUCAACCGCCACCAACGGCCGCCUCAACCGCCACAGCAUCGCGUAGCCGGGCAGAUGAUAAAUCAGGCCCGGAGGGGGGGGGUCUCGCCCGGAGGCGUCCACCCGGCUUUCGUGGCCCUCUGCCCGGCCGUUUUCCGGGCUCCGCGAGCCCUCCUCCACGCGGAGCCCCGCAUUGCGUCUCCAGCUUACUUGGUGACACAGAGACUUCUCCCUGAGGAGCCAAGAAGCAGACGGCUCAUGACUUCUGACCAGGACACAAAAGUUGUAGCUGAACCACAGGUGCAGCAAGUACAAGAGGCAAAAGAGAGCUCUCAUUUGGAAUCCGCCAAGGUUUCGGACCUGAACCCCAAUGCGAAAGCAUGGGCCAACCACAUGCUUAGCCUGGACCCCAGCGGGACCGCGGACCCCACGCCUGCCGCCCUGCAGCCAUGGAAGGAGGGCAGCGAUAGUCCGGCCGAGCCCGGAACCGAAGGUCAGCCGGGGCUCCGGGACACCUGCAUUCAGCCCUAA